CAGAGCAGGACCACUUAAAUUCAUUACAAAAAAAAAAAAACGGAAAGACAGUGCAAAGUACACACAACAUAGACUGAAAUACCUGGACAAAUUUACUUCUCCAAGGCGGUAAAGGUGUGUCUCAUCAGCAUGACCUCUCCUUAUCUGGCGCUGGCACUGGUGAUUGUCAUGGCCCUUGCAACGCCAUUAGCUGGAGAGGAUAACGAGCUAGACUAUGGGUACUGGAAUUAUCGAGAAGGAGCGGAUAAUGUGAACGUUGCCUCUGUGCGCAGUGUCACCAGGGUUCUAGACGUGUGGGGCAAACGGAUCUUUAACGAGAUCAAACACCUGCUGCACUCACAGCCCAGUGCACUGCUGCCCGACUACUCCAGGGUGCGCCCCCUCUCAGAGUCUCUCAACGACCUCUUCAGAGAAGUCUCUCUGUUGCAGAGGCGCAUCGCAGAACUCUCCAAUCGCCUAGCAACCUUGGAGCCUUAUCUCCGUCGCCACGGCUACCGUGCAGAAGGAGAGGAGGGAGGGGGUGGUAGGAUAUUAGCUCCUCAGAGUGUGAGGGGAGGAGGGGCAAGCUUGGCUAAAUACCCCCCAAGGUACAGAGUAAGAGUUGUGCGUCCAAUGAAUACUCUAAUGCGGAGGAGAAAGGUGAAAGUGUACAAGAAGGGGGGAGUUAGAGUGGUUCAGCGGGAGAGAUAGCAAGAGACAGGGAGAAGAGAAGGAGGCAGACGGAAAGAGAAGAA